GCUCGGCAUCUACUGACUGAGGAAAACGCUCUGGCACACAUGAUUUCGCGCCUAGUGCUUACUGUGUUGGACAACAGCGAAAUAUUGCCUGGCAUCUACGAUCCACGACGUGGUCACAGGACCCUUUUAAUGCAGUUUUGUGACGGACUUGACUCACCAUCAGCUGCGCUGCCCACUCUGUUGGCAUCGCGUUUUCAAGCUCUGCGCAACGCCAACACCAGGGCCUGGGAUCAGGCCAAAAAGGCUGUUGAAGCAGCCAAUGGUGGUGGCGGCAAUGAUUAUCUAAUGACGUUUCAUUGGCGUCACUCGCCCAUCGAGCUACCCGCCUUCAAUCCUUUUGAGCGUCUUCUUCACACAACCUGCGAUGACCUGCAUUACCUCCUUACCAGCCUGCUCAAUGUAAGACCUCUGCCAGGAUGGUGGGAACCCAAAGCUAGGAAACACUUCCUCUGCUUUUUUCACAAGUUUCUCAAACUCCUAUGCUACACGCAGGUACGUGCUUUCGAUUUUCACUUGGCAGAAAAAUUUCGGUUUCUAAGUGUAAAUCGCAGCCCUUGCAAGGCUGAUCCCGAGGGCAAUUCUUCUGCUUUAUUUUCUGAAAAUGUUUUAGAGAGUUUCGCUAUGGAAUUUAGAAUCAGUGUUAAGGAUAUGAACGGCCUCCAACGGGCUACUCAAGCUCAUGUUGAGAUUGAACAGGAGUGGAUCAGCACCUUCAAAAUGUUGUCUCACCUUCAUCGCAACCUCCAGCUCGUUGUUCAAGUGGCCAGUUCUGAUAAAGAACUCCUUCUCGAGACCAUUAAAGCUACUAUAGACGUUCGUUUCACUCUAGAGCUCUAUAAAGCCUUUGAAAGACGUGUUGCCAUAAUCGAUCGGUGUUUCCACGUGGGAGAAUUCGAUGGGCCCUACACUUCUCCGCGUGACAUUGAUGCACUGAGGGCGCAGUGCCUGGGAGCCACUUCUGCUAUUUAUGAUUACGACAUCUUGACACUACGGUUCAGUGUGAUGCAGCCAAUACCACGGCUUUUGGCUGCUCUCUUUGGACAUGCACUUGAAAUGGGUCUUCCAUUAAGUAGAAUUGGUCUUGAUGAUAAGGAAUUCGCCAACCUUGUUGUUGAGCGACCACUUCAGAACAUCGCGUUUAUCGCCCAGUGUUCAGCUAAUCUCUGGGUUCGAAACGGGCAAAUGAUUCGAAAUAUUAUUUACAAUAUGUUUGAGGGUCUUCGAGCAGAAAUAAUUGAUCGAGAUUACCAACUUCUCCAACAAGCAGCGGCUGUUAUACCUCCAGACGAGUUCAUUGUUCGGCUUAUUCAUAAACUUAAUCUUCUCGAUUUCAUGAACGAGGAUGAAACCUCCAUUAAGCCGGGUCGCGUUCAAUUCCUGGAAACGCUUCUUCGUAUCCUUCUCUACUUAGUAACCCAUCGUACAACCGUCGGAGUAGGUUACUUUGAUCCCAAUAUUUACACGUCGGCGCCCUCCUCUGCCUCCCUCUUCCCUGACGCUAAGCUGGGGGAAGUCGACGAGGCAUUAGAAGUUAACUACGGCCAGCUCCUUGAUGACGUGGUCCACGUACUUUGCAUCAAACCUAUGACACACUCCAGGCUUCUCUCUGUUCUUCCGCCUCAGGCUCCAGGCUGCGUGUUGCGGAAGGCUCCACUCUAUCCCCGACACGAAACAGGGGCGUCGAGUUGUCCUAACACAUGGUCAGGGUCAUGGAGGGACAGUAUUGAGGAGCCACUUUCGAAGAUUCUUCAACAAGUUGCAACCCUUUCUACCUGUGGCACAAAGAGAGUGUAUACCAUCAAACCAGAGGCCAUUGUGAAUAGGUUUAAUCGUUUUUAUUAUGGUUAUAAACAGACGGAGCAGACUAUGGCUGAAGAGUACGUGACACGAGUUCUGAGGCAAUGGUCGCAAAAAUCGGGUGACCUAUCAGGCACUCGAUGUCAACAGCUUCCCACGCCGCCUCCACUCCCACGACCACGACGACGCUUCGUGUCUGCGAUGGAGAAGGGCCUGUUGCAGUUAGUGCAGUGUACAACCUUCGUGCGACUUCUUCGCCGACUUCUCAGCGUUGCGGUGAUUCACAACCCUUCACAAUCUUUUUGGUCGGAGACACUCACAGAACUCACUCUCCACCUCAUUGCUGCAGCUCUUUAUGAGGAUGCUAUCGCAUUUUCAGCGAUGGGUCGGCGUCCCUUCAUAGAGGCUGUGGCCCGGGUUCCGAUCGAGAAGGAGACGCCGGGUGAGUUACAGCGAUUGGCGGCCUCACGGCAUUGGAUUCAGGCGGAGCCUGUCAGGGAGUCAGACUUCGAAUUCUCAAUUGAAAAUAACUGUAUUCUCCCGCUGCUGUUGGAGCUGCAGAAUGACCGGAUGGAUCCCAAGGUGGCCCAUCUGGCAAAGUGGACCGUAGAUCUGUGGCAUUGUGUGAAUGCUGAGCCACAAGGUGAAGUUUCCGCAGAUCUGACCACCAUGAAAUUUCAUAAUUUGGGAUCGGAGGCGUCCAAGAAGCAGCAAAUGCUGGAGGCCAAGCAGCGCCGACGUGCAAAAAUCAUGGCGCAGAUGUCAAAGAUGCAACAAAAGUUCAUUGAAACCCACUUCAAGGAAAUCUCCAGCGCUAGUGACAACGAUCAGCAGAUGGAGACAGCUGAUUCCCUAUCCUUAAGCUCGAAUAAUUAUCUCUCCCUUGACGAGGCUGUGACGAGUGCCUCCUUCGCCACCUUCAGCGCUCUAGGUCCUAAUCGUGUGGAGGAACGCAUUUCUCAAGUGUUGGCUAAGGAAAGACCUCUAGUCACGUGUGUACUUUGUCUGGAUGAAGUGCUAGAGGAGGAGAAACAUCACAUGGUGAUUGCCGCGUACGGUAGUCGCUCUAACGUUCUCUCGGUCCCCCUGCCUCAUAGUCAAGCUGUCGAUUUCAGCACUGGUGCCUGCAGGCCCGAUUUUGUGAGGACUGAGCAUACGUUGGGGGGAGUUGCUACAACAGCAGUCGCCGCCUCUAUAGGCAGCCACGAGGUCGUUUUGACUCAGUUGCCAUACCUUCUUAGCGGUUUGAUUCCUAUUGAACAACCAGGUGAAAGUGAUCUCAGCAGCACUGAUGGGGCAUGCACUGUCCAAGCCUCAUCCUCCAUGGCAGGAGGCAGUCAUUCAUCGGCAUCGACGCCGGCAUCAUGGAUGAGGAAAUCAGAUGCGCUUGAUCCCUGGUUUCAGCGCCCUCUCAUCUCUAGCAGGUGUCCAGUAGGAGAGGAGGGUACGUUCAUCUCCACCUGUCCUCACUUCAUGCAUGCUACUUGCAAGGAGCGAUACUCGGAGCGGUUAAAGGAGCAAAACGAUGAUACGCGACAGCACAGAUAUGCUCACAGAACACCUGUGUACGAGUUUCGCUGCUCUCUUUGUCGUUCUCUUGCCAAUUUCGAUUUUCCAGUUUUUGAGCGUCUGCAGGACUCAGUACCCAUCGAAUGGCUAUCAAGAUGUCUCCGAAGGCCUACUGAUCUGGCUUCAUGGCUAAGAAACCUCCAUGAAUGGCUUAACGAAUCUCCAAAGCUGUCCACCUCAAUAAACCUCAAAGUAAACUUCAGCAUUACUGAGCUUACGAACGUUCCAGACAGUUUUUCUAUGCUCUUUGGCAUUUUGACUGACAGCAGCGCCCAUGACCGAGAUCGCGUUCUUGAAGAAAUCUGUGCAAUUUGCGAAGGUUCUUUCUCCCGACAAGACUCCGAAGAGGCGAAACAGGGGGAGGCUAGGAGUGGAAUAUCGUCAGGGGCCUCAGAGCAUCGGUCGCGCUUGCCUCGUGCCUUUGCGCGUCGUUUUUUUGGCACUUCGUCGUCAUCUUCGCAUGAAGGCAGGACGGUCCUUUGUCGCGGACAACAGGCAAUUGUUCCCCUUCUACAAUUCCCUCGGUUAGAUAAUUUCAGGGUAUCCGAAAAUCUUUGGAGCUUUGUGAAAAAUCUGGUUCAUCUCAGUCAGCCAAGGCCAAUCGAGUGCGUUCAGCCUCUUAUUGCAAAUCCUGGGACGGACGGUCCCGCCAACUUUAUGGUGUUGAUGAACAACGCUGAAGAUGCACCGAUUGGACUUCCCGGGGUGGACCUUGACGAAGCUGAUGAAGACAACGAUAACAACAACCUUCUGGAUAAUGAUACAAUAAAUGCGAUUCUAAAUGAGCCUGGAACACCUGCAUCGGAGGUCAAUGCGUCACUGAUAAUGCGGGCCAUCGCAUCAGACACACUUGGAUCGCUGAACAGGGACCAUGGACAGCGUCAUACCGGCCCUAGUCCUACUGUCUCUGCUGUAGCUUCUCUACCGCCAUGCGUGUGCGAGGCGGUGGAGGAGUUGCACACUAGUUUGGUCAGCUGCUACUCACACCUCUUACUGCUCAGUGGACGCUUAGAGACAACUGUAACAGAGUCGAGUCGACGCUUAGGCCAGGCGGUUAGUCGGCUGCGUGCGGCUCUUGUGUGCACUCGGCGACGUAGCCUUCAAGCCCUUCAUGCUGCAGCUUCUGCCUGGCGCACUCUUCGACACUCCAUCGCCUACACUCUUAUUGAUUGGGAGAGGUACCUGCGCGUGUUGGGCCCACAAAGCCACUUUUUCAGCAAAGACAUGGCAGAACGCCACAAAACGGGUCUUUGCUACUUGAUUCGAUCCGCAUUCCACGCCCACGCGCGUCUGGCGCCUGUUUCCAGGGGCGUAUUUGGACGCACUAAUGGAGAUACUCGGAUUCGUCAGUGGCUUUUGCAGCGUGAUGAUCCUGAGUGGUGGUGGUGGUACCACUACUUCGCUCCUCAACCAGACGAAGAUUUCAAGUCUUCCUGCUGCUCUCACAAUAGCGCAAGAAAGGCUUCGCAUUUGACUGAGAACGUUAUGCGUAUUGCUGUUACCCAGGACGCCAUUCGCCUCUGGCGUCUCCUCCUACCUGACUCCGGUAGCCUUUGCGACAACAAACCCAUCACUUCGUCCUCACCUCAACUCUCUUCACCACUCUCGGUGUCUUUGGCACUCGAGACGUCUUAUCAAUCACCUGAUGCUCUUGGUGUUCCAGCUAGCAUCCUCUGGGAAGCCGAUAUCACACACCUUUUCAUCAGCCUGCUCUUUUUGCGCCCGGGUCUAGAGGGCACAGACCAACGCGUAGAAUGCCAGCGAGUACACCUUCAUGAACGCGUUUCCAUGGCCGAGGCAAUGGGUCAGCUCCCUGAUGUCGCCUGUAACGAAGGCUUUCCACGACUUCCUAUGGGUGACUCACACGAGGCAUUCACUUUGCGCCUUUGCUACCUUGCUCUUCUUGUUCAAACUCUUCUCUCUUGGCAGCCGCAACACUCUUUAGAUGAGUUUACUAACGCCGCUAUGCGGGAGCCCUGUGCCAUCCUUUGGAUGAAUGACAAGUUGUUGGCUGUACGCCGGCGUUUGCAACAUCUCUCCGGCCUUCCUGUAUGCACGAUUGAGCCCACAUCGCAAAAUCUGACUCAUCUCUUCACAUACAUCCAUUCUCGCUGUCUACCGUUUUUGCGUAUUGCUGCUUUUUUGAUUUCUCAGAUCACCAACCUCGACGUGCCCUCAGAAUUGUCACAUCCGCCCGAAGACAAACAUUCGUACGAAUUCAGCAUGUUAUUGGCAUUUCUGGGUCUGCCCCAGUCACCCUCAGAUCUUCUUGUUCUUCUCUCUGAUGCAACUGGUGACGUAGAGGGGAUCACAGCGCCUCCGCGCUUCGUUGCAGAAGCGUCAGCAUCCAGCUCCCUGUGGCUGGCGAGUCUGAUGACUUCGUGGUGUCUUCUUGGUCGGGACUCUGUCUCUCGAUCCCUCUACACAAAUCAACUUCUAGCUGUCCAUCUACCACCUUCACUAAAGCUGAAAUCGACGUCGCCUCUUCUUCCCGAACCCUGCAUAAAUCCUCCCCAUCUUAUCCGAAUACCCAAGGAAUAUGUCUCUCUCAUGGCUCUUGCAACGGAAUUAAAGAGCGUACACACCGGUAGCAACAUCCACUCGGAUCCAAGUCUGUGUCUGGUGUGCGGAGCGGUUGCAUGUUUUGCCUGCUAUAGCUGUCGACGAUUUGAGACGAUUCCAGAGAUGACUGUCAGUUCAGAGAAUGGUACGGUCAAUACUGUGGGGCGUCGAGAGGCCGUAGUCUACGAUAUUCAGGCACACGUGCGUCGUUGUCACUCGGGAUAUGCCAUGGUGAUGCUCUUCACUGGUGGGGUUCUCCUCUUCUCUGAUCAGGGUCGUCGGACCACAGAGCUGACAAGUCCAUACAGAGAUGAGUUUGGCGAGCCCGAUGUUGGUCUUCGACGAGGCAAUCCGCUAUUCCUCAAUGAGAAAGCUUAUGAGGAGUUAAAUCAAAUUUGGCUCAACCAUCAAAUGAACAGUGCGACGUCAGCGAAACUGUAUCUCCUCUAG